CUCCCGUCGUGCUUUGCGCUCCAGCCGUACAAAAACAUGGCGGCGCCCAGGGCUCCUCCCAAAUCCCAGCAUGCACCGGGCAGUAGGUCCGGUCUUUCGGUCCGUCAGGAAGAUGGCGACCUCAGGGGCGGAGCCGCAGGUCCUGAUACAAUACGUGGUGUUACGGAAGGAUCUGUCUCAGGCUCCGCUCUCCUGGCCGGCAGGAGCAUUGGUGGCCCAAGCUUGCCACGCAGCCACCGCAGCUUUGCACGUCCAUCGUGAGCACCCGCACACGGCAGCCUACCUCCAGGAGCUGGGGCGCAUGCGCAAGGUGGUCCUCGAGGCCUCGGAUGAGACUGUCCUCCGGGAGCUGGCGCAGACCCUGCACCAGAGAGACAUCGACCAUGUGCUGUGGCUUGAGCAGCCCGAAAACGUCGCCACUUGCCUUGCACUCCGGCCCUACCCCAAGGAGGAGGUGAGCCAAUACUUGAAGAAGUUCCGAUUGUUCAAGUGACUGCUGCAGUGGAACAUUCCAGUGUUACCUGGGUGCGGAAGUGCCGUGUGACCCGACCACAAGCGUCCUGUUGUCCUUCCGGUGUCGGCCGCUUCCAGUCGUUACAGCUCCCCGACAGUCAAAACACACCUGCUCAUAUUAAAGCUUCGUUUAUAAAUA